UCGCCGUCGGAGAACGGGCGCUGGCGCGAGAGGUCCCUGGGGCGGAGCUGGCGCCGCUCCAGGUUGCCGCCGCUGUCUGGUCUCGGCAUCCUCCCGGUGUCGCGCCGGUACAGGGGCCGGCGGAGGCCCAGCACGUCUGCCGCGGAGGUGGAGCUGAGGGGAUUGCCGCCACCGCGGUCGUUGUCGUGGCGGUCGUGGUCGUCGCGGGUAACGGGGACGUGGGGACAGAGAUCGGUCGCGAGGCUGCAGAGUUGGGAGGUCGCGGCGAGUGGAGAGGUCGCGGCGAGUGGAGAGGUCGUGGCGAGACGAGGAGAGGUCACGGUAAGCGGAGAGUUCGGGGACGUCGCCCGCUGCACGCACAGAGCCAUCUGAAAAUACGGAGACCCAGGAUGCCGCUCUCCCGUCUGACGCGUGACAUCACGUGGACGAACAGGGACGCCAUGCCUCGCGCUUCCCGCAAGCUCGCCUCCUCUCAAUGCGACCCCCCCGCUCGCCGCGACCUCCCCUCCUCUCGCCGCGGCCUCCCCUCCUCACACCGCGACCCUCCCCGCGACCUCUCCGCUUACCGUGACCUCUCCUCGUCUCGCCACGACCUCUCCACUCGCCGCGACCUCUCCACUCGCCGCGACCUCCCAACUCUGCAGCCUCGCGACCGAUCUCUGUCCCCACGUCCCCGUUACCGCGACGACCACGACCGCCACGACAACGACCGCGGUGGCGGCAAUCCCCUCAGCUCCACCUCCGCGGCAGACGUGCUGGGCCUCCGCCGGCCCCUGUACCGGCGCGACACCGGGAGGAUGCCGAGACCAGACAGCGGCGGCAACCUGGAGCGGCGCCAGCUCCGCCCCAGGGACCUCUCGCGCCAGCGCCCGUUCUCCGACGGCGACGACAACAACACUCGCGAUGCGUUCAGGCCGCCGGCGGCAACGGCGCUGCUGAUGGCGCUCCCGAAGGAAGACGGCGCGAGGUCCCGCCGGGGGACCCCCGGGGAAGGAGGGGAGCGGCCGUCGCGCAACCCGCAGCGCAUGCACGACGUGAUGGAGCUCAUCCGCCGCCGCCAGGACCGGCGCGAGGAGCUCAAGACGCUCCAGGGGGACCCGGGGCCCGACUGCCCCUCCUCCUUCUCGGCAGCGGCGGCGACAAAUAACGCCGGGGCGGGGCUCCUCAGGCGCAGCCACCGACGCGCCCGCAGCAGCGGGGGCAGCGUCGGCGCGGAGUCGUUCUUGUCGGACGACAGCGAGGCGGACGACGACUCGCGCCCCGGAGGGCGCCGCGACAGCGUGACUGCCACCGCCGUCGCGCUGCGCCGCCGUGCUCGCAGCGUGGUGGGGGGGGGGAGGGACGCACGGCGCCGGCAGAGCCCGGACGGUGACGCCGACGCCCUCCUGGAGGAGCUCCGCCGGAAUAGGUUCGGAGUGGCGUGCGACGACGACGACGACGACGACGCCGCCGCCGCCGGUCACGAGCGGCCGACGCGCGAGCCCCGCAGCCGGGAGGGAGCCUCCCCUCGGUACGGCGAGCGCCCUUUCGCGUGGAGCCGCGGGCGGGCGCUCGGUGACGAGUCCCAACUCGGCCGUGGCCGCCGCACCGCCUGCCCCGACGACGACGACAGGACCGACAACGGCAACGGUGGCGGCGAAAAAGCCGGCGAGGGGUGGCCGCGCCGGCGCCGCUCCCCUCCCCGCUCCCCGCACGGCCCCGAGCCGCGCAGGGCAGCGUCGACCACCGCCGCCGGCCCCGCCGCCGGUAUGGCGAGCCGCAGCGUCGCCGUGGCCGUGCGCCGCGACGGAGAUGACCUCCCAAAGUCCCGACCGCCAGCGCGCAACAACAACGAGGAGGAGGAGGAAGCGGAGGCAACGCGGCGCCAGUUCAAGCGGUUGCUGAGCGAGCAACCCGGCGCGACGGGAACGCGGGUCACCGUGGCGACGGGCGGCGGUGGCGGCUGUGAGAGCGGCGAGUACAGCAGCAGCGUCUUCUACAACGAGGCCUACGUAUUCGGCCACGCGUACGACCCUCCUCGUCACCAACACUGCGGCGCGCCGGACGGCAUGGCGCUAGCGGCGCCGCUGGUUCCCCGCGGCCACCAGCCUCCCGGCGGCAACGCGAAGGCGGGGGGGGCGGUGUUGGACGAUGGCGCCGGCGACGACGAUGACGAGGAGGGGGGCCGCGGCGGCGCCGCCUCGCUGUGCCUGGGCCUCGUGUCCGUGGGCGGGCGCUACCUGUCGUGCGAGGCCUCGAGUGGCGCCGUCGUCACCGCGCCGCGCGGCACGGGCCCCGAGCAGCGCUGGCGGCUGGACGCGGUCAGGGUGGAGGAGGCCGGCGCCGGCGGUGGCGGCGGCGCGUCGCUGGCGCUGCUGAGGAGCGAGGCGCGGGGCGGGUACGCCCGCGUGGACGAGCGCGGGAGGCUGGCGUGCGACGCGGCUCAGCGCCGAGCCGGCACGGUGUUGGCGGUGGAGGCCGUCGGCGCCCGCGGGGCCUGGCGGCUGCGCGCCGUCGCCCACGAGCGCUACCUGGCGGCGGGCGGGCUGCGUGGGGAGGUGACGUGCGACGGGCUGGCCAAUCAGAGCGUGACCACGUGGUGGCCCCACGUGGAGCUGCACCCCCACAUGUGGCUGUGGAGCCGGGCGUGGGGGAGCUUCGUGCGCGCCGAGAUGCCGGGAGCGACCUCGCGGGGGGCCCUGCUCUACGCGGACGCCGCGGUGCCACACAGCCCCGGCUGCGUCUUCACGGUUCACUUCUCGAGCGGGCGCUACCACGUGGAGACGGACACGGGAGUGUGCGUGACGUGUGGGGCCGUCCCGUGCUCCGCGGUGGCCGCCGACGGCGUGGCCAGUGCCGUGCACGUCACUCACGGCGUGCUGGCGCUGCGCGACACCCACGGGCGCCUCCUCUACCCACAGGGCCCACGUCUGCUUGUGAGCGCCGGCUCAUCCCAGGCCAUACGGGACGCCCUGCUGGAGCCGAGACGUGCGGGUGCCGUGGUGUCUCUGUGGACACACAGGGGACACGUGGUGACCAUCGCUCACGGGGAGGAGCUGUACGCACGGAGCAACAAGGUGGAGCCUCAAUCCCUGUUCCAUCUCCGCGUGGACGGUGACGUCGCUCACCUGAGCAGCGUCCAAGGGCUCCAUGUGAUGCAGGUAGAGGGUGGUAACGUGGUUGUCCGUGACGGUGACGGAGGCUGCGGCUUCACGGUGACGUGGCGAGGGCCCUGCGUGUCGCUGCGAGCCCCCUCCGGCCUCUACGUCACCACGAGGCCCAUCGGCCAGAUCGUGGCCUCAGCCACCUUACCAAGCCCACAGGAGCUGUUCACGGUGCGCUUGGAGAACCGGCCGCGCCUCAUCCUGCAGGGGCCCCGGGGGUUCGUGGGGCCUGAGGGGGGAGGGGGAGGUGGGGUGGGAGGGGGUCAGGGAGGGGGUCAGGGAGGGGGUCAGGGAGGGGGAGGGGAGGGGACCCUGCGGGGCGACCAGGCCGACUUCACAGCCUUCCAACUGCUGCCCUGUGGAGACGGGGCCUACCACCUCCUCCUCACAGGUGAGGGAGGCCACGGGGGCUGGGUGGUGCGUGCGGAGGAUGCGGCGGUGGUGCUGGGGGGCCCAAGCCCCCCCUCCCCAUUCGUGGUGCAGCUGCAUGCCCCCCACCGGCUGUGUCUGGUGGCGCCGGGGGGGGCGCUCGUGAAGGGGGAGGCCCACGGGGGGUUGAGCGCCACGGGGGACAAACCCGACAUCGACUCCAUGUGGGAAUUCUGACCCCCCCCCCACCCCCUAUGACUUUGACAUGUGACCUUGACUCUGAGCCAUGACCACUCCUGACCUCCUGACCUCAAAUCUUAUCGCCCUGCCCUGUUGACAACAAUCCUAAGAGCUCUAAUCUCGGCACGGAGAGCCUUGAUCUAUUGAUUCAACUUCAGUUGGACUUUGAAAACGAACCUUGAUCUGACCCAAACUCGUGGAAUUUUGCCACUCGAUCUUUCUGACCUCAACCCUUGGAGUUGACCCUUGAACUGACAUCAAUGUAAUUCUGACCUCAGUGCAGGUGGUUAUGACCCACAAUGUCAACUCAACCUUGUAAGUUCUGUCCCCCGACCCAAUAAACGUUGCUUGUUGUU